AUGGUGCAAGACCUCAAGAAGCUGAUGCCCCAGGCGAAGACCUACAGGUCGGGGCCAUACACAUGCGAAGUCCCCAACGCAGAAAAGGUCGAGGGUGAGACGAUACCGCGCCGCAAUCUCGCGGCCAAAGAUGGACUUGUCACGAAGCCCCACGAUAACGUUGAGACGCUAUACGAUGUCCUGCGACAUUCGGCCGCCAAGUAUGGCAACGCAAAGGCCGUGGGUGCGCGUCGCAUUGUCAACAUACACGAGGAGACGAAGAAGGUCAAGAAGAUGGUAGAUGGCAAAGAGCAGGAGGUCGACAAGAAGUGGCAGUACUUUGAGCUUAGCCCGUACAAGUACAAGAGCUUCGUCGAGUUUGAGAAGAUGGCUCUUGCUGCAGGCUCGGGUCUCAGAUCACUCGGCUUUGCGCCCUCAGACAGGCUGCAUCUGUUCGCUGCCACGAGCAUGCAAUGGCUGGCAUCCGCUCACGGUGCCAUCUCACAAUCCAUGGCCAUUGUCACGGCGUAUGACACCCUCGGCGAAGAGGGUCUCAAGCACUCGAUGCUUCAGACCAACGCAAAGGUCAUGUUCACAGACCCAGAGCUCCUACCCAGGCUUGUGAACCCCAUGAAGGAGGCCAAGGAUGUGCAGGUCGUCGUUUACUGCACCAAGAACGACCCCAAGCAAAAGGACAUUGAUACCCUCACCCAGGCACACCCCCACCUCAAGGUCAUCAGCUUCGAUGAGUUGGUCCAGAUGGGCGAGUCGGAGCCAUCCGAGCCCGUCCCUCCCAAGGCCGACGAUCUGGCCUGCAUCAUGUACACAUCCGGAUCCACUGGCACACCCAAGGGUGUCAUGAUCAAACAUCGCAACGUCGUCUCUGCUAUCGCUGGUGUCGAUGUCAUAGUAGGCAAGUACCUCGGUCCCGGAGACGUCCUCAUCACCUACCUCCCCGCCGCACAUAUCCUCGAAUUCGUCUUCGAAAAUGCCGUACUCUACUGGGGUGGCACCAUGGGCUACGGAACCAUCAGAACUCUCUCUGAUGCAUCUGUGCGAAAUUGCGCCGGUGACAUCCGUGAGCUGAAGCCUACCGUCAUGGUCGGUGUCCCGCAAGUGUGGGAGACGAUCAAGAAGGGCAUCAUCAACAAGGUCGAGGGUGGAGGCGCCCUCAAGAGCAACAUGUUCUGGGGCGCAUAUGCGGCCAAGGGCUUCCUCUUGGGCACAGGUCUUCCAGGCAGCGGUCUUCUCGACGCAAUUGUCUUCAACAAGGUCAAGGAGGCCACUGGUGGCAGGCUCCGUAUCUGCAUGAACGGUGGUGGACCCAUUGCAAAGGAGACGCAGCGCUUCAUCUCCAUUGCCAUUACACCCAUGAUCAGCGGUUACGGUUUGACUGAGACGUGUGCCAUGGGUGCGCUCAUGGACCCCUUGGCCUGGAAUGAACACGCUUUGGGUGAGAUGCCCGGCUCUGUCGAGAUGAAGCUUGUCGACUUUGCCGAUGCCGGCUACUUCUCCACCAACAACCCACCACAGGGUGAGAUCUGGAUCCGCGGUGGAGGUGUUGUGGACGGCUACCUGGACAUGCCCGAGGAGACCAAGGAGAGCUUUACGGAAGACGGCUGGUUCAAGACUGGCGACGUCGGAGAGUUCAACGCCAACGGCGAGAUCCGCAUCAUCGACCGCAAGAAGAACCUCGUCAAGACGCUUGCUGGCGAAUAUAUUGCUCUCGAGAAGCUCGAAUCGAUCUACCGUUCUGCGCCUAUCGUAGCUAACAUCUGCGUUUAUGCCGCGCAGGACCGCCAGAAGCCCAUCGCUAUCAUCGUCCCUACCGAGCCACAACUCAAGAAGAUUGCUGCGGCAGAGGGUGUCAGUGGCGAUCACUUGGAAGAGCUUGUUCACGACAAGAAGAUCAACUCAGCGGUUCUGAAGCAGCUGCAACAGGCGGGUCAGAAGGGUGGACUGGCAUCAUUUGAGAUGAUUGAAGGUGUUGUGUUGGCAGACGAGGAAUGGACGCCACAGAACGGUCUCACCACGGCUGCACAGAAGCUUAACCGCAAGGGCAUCUUGGAGCACUACCAGAAGGAGGUUGACGCGGCCUACGGCAAGUCGUCGUAGAGUCAUGUGACAGAAGAAGAAGAAAGUUAGUCGUGCAGCAGAGAAGUUGUUUUGCUGCUCUGUUGCCUCUCCUCUCCUACGAUUGAUGAAGGAAGUGUAAAAUUUGCAACGUGGGAUUGAGGAAAGUGAUAUGUAAUUAUUUAUAUCCGUAUGUAGUUUGGCGUCGGCGGUUUCAUGAGGUGUUGUGCGUGUAUCUAGAAGCGAAUAACAGUACGAAGCCCUAGUGUUUGUGUGUGGUUUGGUGUUUUAUAAUUGAUUUUUCUCGCUUUGGAAGCUGCGCCGCAACGGCUGGGCGCCACAGAGACCGGACGAUGGGUUGAAAGUCAUGGAAGUCUGAUGCUAUCAUCAUAGUGGGCUUCAUGCGCCGUGUUCCUGCUUGUAGGAAUGAGGCGUCGAUGGGUUGAGCUCAAGACAGGCGUCAUGCAAGCAGGAGCAUGUUUAGAGCUGCACGCGACGGAUGGUGGUGAAAUCUAGCGCUACAUGUUGGGAGCGGGCGUGAGAGCGUGGUACGUGGCUUGCGCGAGACGAGUUGGGAUGGAGCCGUCCUGGAAGUGCAAAAGACACGGGUUGCGGCGACC